UCGGCCCGGGCUCGGACGGAGGGGUGUCCGGGUGCCGACCCCACGCGGACUCCAUAGGCCGCAGGCCGACCACUACUGAGGCUAGCCCAGGCUGGGCGCACGCGCACUUUCAUCACCCGCUCCGGUCCAGGGGAUGACGUUGGUGCACAUGCGCACACGCUCCGACACGUUCCCCGUAGGAGGUGGAGCCUGCGAGGUGGAACUGAGUUGAGAGCUGCCUGGGCGAUGAGGUCAUAACUGAGGCGUAGCGUGUGGGUCCCCGCCCCUCGAUGUUCCUUCCCCAAUGAGACAAGGCUAGAUCCCGCCUGUCUACGUUUCAGUCUUAACUGCUGCGGCGCGGCGCUGGCCCUGGCGCACGCGUACACUGACACGCGCACACGCCCGCACGCGUCCGGGGAGGUGGUUGGGAGCUACGGACGCAGGGGACUAGGGGACAGGGUGGGCGCGGCGAUGGGGGAGGCGGAGACGCCUUCUUUCGAGAUGACCUGGAGCAGCACGACCAGCAGUGGCUACUGCAGCCAAGAGGACUCGGACUCGGAGCUCGAGCAGUACUUCACGGCGCGUACCUCGCUGGUUCGCAGGCCGCGCCGGGACCAGGACGAGCCUGUGGAGUGGGAGACACCUGACCUUUCUCAGGCCGAGAUUGAGCAGAAGAUCAAGGAAUACAAUGGCCAGAUCAACAGCAACCUCUUCAUGAGCCUGAACAAGGAUGGCUCCUACACAGGCUUCAUCAAGGUUCAGCUGAAGCUGGUACGCCCUGUCUCAGUGCCCUCCAGCAAGAAACCUCCCUCCUUGCAGGAUGCCCGGCGGGGCCCAGGGCGGAGCACAGCAGUGAGACGCCGCACCUCAUUUUACCUGCCUAAGGAUGCUGUCAAGCACCUGCAUGUGCUGUCCCGCACACGGGCACAUGAGGUCAUCGAGGCCCUGCUGCGCAAGUUCUUGGUGGUGGAUGACCCCCGCAAGUUUGCACUCUUUGAGCGGGCAGAGCGUCACGGCCAAGUGUACUUGCGGAAGCUGUCAGAUGAUGAGCAGCCCCUGCGGCUGCGGCUUCUUGCAGGACCAAGUGAGAAGGCCAUGAGCUUCGUCCUGAAGGAGAAUGACUCUGGGGAGGUGAACUGGGACGCCUUCAGCAUGCCUGAAUUACACAACUUCCUGCGCAUCCUGCAGCGGGAAGAGGAGGAGCACCUCCGCCAGAUCCUGCAGAAGUACUCCUAUUGCCGCCAGAAGAUCCAAGAGGCCCUGCACGCCUGCCCCCUGGGGUGACCUCUUGUAUCCCUGGGUGGAAGGAGGAGAGUAGGCAGCGCCAAGAGCGUGCUGUGUGAGUGUGACAGGGCCCAUGGGACCUGAGGAAUGAGUGUGCAUGGAGGCCCUCCCCUACUGGGGAAAUGUGCUCAGAGAACAGGAAGGAGCUCGCCCCCUGUGUCCACCAGUGGGUGUAUCAGGGCAUGGCUCUGUACCCCUCUGGCUCUAGUGUAUUGGGUCCUGGUGGGCCAGGGCUGCCCUGGGAAGCUGCUCCAUGCUUGCAGCAGGGAUGGAGCAGACAAGAAGUCUUAAUUUGUGUCUCAGGUGUGAGAAUCUUGGAGACCCUACAAAUAGAACAGGUCAUGUUUGCAGGGGUGAGGGACCUCAUCUAUGGAGAAAGGCUGUUUGUUUUGGGUCUUGGAUAGGGUCUCAGGAUAACCCUAUCAGAGCCAAGGGUGGGUGCUCAGAAUAAAGCAGGCAUCAAGGAAGAAUCUAGGUUUCUCUCUUCCUUGCCUGCUGGCUCACAGUGCCUCAAUGCCUCCAAGGAGGAUAUCCCUGGGCCAGGGUCUGUGUGAAUGUGGGCACUGGUCCAAGUCCAUACCUUGUUUGCCAGCCAGUCAAAGCCAGGGUCUCUCCCUCAGGUAUUUUGAUGAAGUGUGCGAAUGUAUGUAAUGUUUUGUGGCCUCAGCUGAAUGCCUCCUGUGGGGAAAAGGGUCGGGGUAACAGUCAUCAUCAGGGCCUGGGGCCUGAGAGAAUUGGCUGAAUAAAGAUUAAGAAUA